AUGGCCGCUUCUGAUUAUACUACCGAGGACGCUUUUGUCAACCAUGUCACUAUGCCACCAAAACCUCACCAAAACUCCCAACGUACCACGCCAAAACCGCAAACAUGCCCCAACAAGUCCUCACCACCACCUCCAGCACCGCAAUCUCCCUCCCCACAUCCACACCCGCCACCUCCUCUGGCUCUCCCUCCUCCGCCCUGA